CCCUCCCCACACCCCUGCCGCAGUCUCAUGCCUACACCGUCAGAUUACGUUCGCAACGGGACGAGCACAGAGCCUCAGACGUGUGUGUGUUCUCCUCACCAUGUCUCUGUGUCGUUCCCGCCGCCCUUAUGCAUUAUGGGCUUGGGUUUGUGUUUACGCGUGGGUCUUCUUCGCCUGUCCAGCUGAUGCCCGUUUUACAGUGUGGUGGAAUUCGCCUACAGAGGAAUGUCAGCAUUUUGGAAUCUAUAUAAACGUUUCCGAGUACGGGAUCGUCCAAAACACGGGCGAUAAGUUCUACGGCGAUAAGGUCACUAUUUUCUACGGUCCCGGAGUGUUCCCAGUUUAUAAGGGCAACACGCCAGUCAAUGGAGGGAUCCCCCAGCGUGGGAACAUCUCCCUGCAUGUUCGAACCUUCUUGAAGCAGGUCGAGAGCCAAAUGGAACCCGACUUCGAAGGCGUGGCCGUACUGGACUUCGAGACCUACUACCCGAACUAUGAGAUGAGUCCUGAGCAGUAUCGACACGCCUCCAUUGCCUGGGUUACGGCACAGCACCCUGAGUGGUCGCCGCAGCUCAUUGCUCAAACCGCCGAGAGGACUUUUAACGACUCUGCUAGGGAGUACUUCCAGCUGUUGUUGUGGGCAGGUGAAAUGCUUCGCCCAAAAGCUCAAUGGGGUUACUACCAUUACCCUUACUGCCAUAACUACGGUCCGGGAGCUGGUGACUGCAAACCCAAUGUUAUGAAGAGUAACGAUGAAACCAUGUGGCUCUUCGAAGCCAGCUCGGCCCUGUACCCCAGCAUCUACAUCUUCAAGAACAGUGGUUGGGAUCCGCGAACCAGACGUCUCAAUACCAUGGGGCGUUUGGGUGAGGCUUUGAGGGUUAGGCGCAACGCUGGCAAAUAUAUCCCCAUAUAUCCUUACUUCUGGUACAAGUACCACGAUUCUCCCUCGUUCCUGAUACCCAUUGACGUCGUAAACACACUCGGGUAUUCUAGGAUGUUAGGGCUGGAAGGAGCCGUGAUUUGGGGUUCGAAACGUGACGUCGAUACGAAGGAGAAAUGCAUUGCCAUGAAGAGCUACGUGGAAACUGGCUUGGGUCCCCUGGUUCAGUACAUCACCAACCUGCCUCUCUCAACCGUCCGCUCUGUUAUCAACUCUCGACGUUCCCUGAAGAAGUUGGCGUCCACUGCGCUGAGAGAGGAUCGGAGGAAGAGCAAGAACCGUGGCUAAGACGUGGUUUAAAAAGGUGUUUCGAGAGAGGGAGAGAGAGAGAGAGAGAGAGAGAGAGAGACAGAGAGAGAGAGAGAGAGAGAGAGAGAGAGAGAGAGGGAGAGAGAGAGAGAGAGAGAGAGAGAGAGAGAGA